AUAAUACAUCCGUAUUAUUUGAGGAAUUAUUUUUUCAAAAAGGGUAUUAUCUAAUAUAUUUUUUUUAGAAAAAAAUAAAUUGGAAAAAACUCCGGUAGUUGGCAUCACUUCGCUUUGCUGACAGCAAAGCGGCCACUGCCACUGCUGCCCAUCCGGAGCGUCCGUCGUCCUUGCCAACCUUUAAAAUCCUCUCUCUCUUUCCUCUCCUUACUGAUUUAGUGAUUUUGUUUAAUCUGGUAAACCCUAGCUACCUCUCCGUUUUGGGUUGGGCAGUCUCAGAUGGCCAUCUCCUGUCAUUCUCCACCCAAAUUUGCCUCCUUCACUCCUCCAUCCAACCUAUACUUCUGCAACCCCAAUCCUCCUCCCUUCACCAUCUCUCUCUCUCUCUCUCACUCUCACUCCUUCCGAUGCAAUUCUUCGGUCCCCUCCACUACUCUCACCGCCGAACCCGAACCCGUGUUCACCUCCGUCAAGUCCUUUGCCCCGGCCACCGUCGCCAACCUCGGCCCUGGCUUCGACUUCUUGGGAUGUGCCGUCGACGGCAUCGGCGACUACGUCACCUUGCGCGUCGACCCCCAUGUUCACCCGGGAGAGAUCUCCAUAUCCGAUGUUGAGGGCGUCGGCAACUGCUCCAAGAAGCUUAGCAAGAAUCCUCUUUGGAACUGUGCCGGGAUCGCCGCCAUCGCCGUCAUGAAAAUGCUCGGCGUCCGAUCCGUGGGCCUUUCGCUAUCUCUCGAGAAGGGCUUGCCUUUGGGCAGCGGGCUUGGAUCGAGUGCUGCCAGCGCCGCGGCCGCCGCCGUCGCGGUUAACGAGAUUUUUGGCAGGAAAUUGGGAGUUUCCGAGCUCGUUCUCGCCGGACUCGAAUCGGAGGCGAAGGUGUCCGGUUACCACGCAGACAACGUGGCGCCGGCGAUCAUGGGUGGGUUCGUGUUGAUCCGGAGCUACGAUCCGCUGGAGCUGAUGCAGCUGAAGUUUCCGACGGAGAAGGAGCUGCUCUUCGUUCUGGUGAGCCCGGAAUUCGAAGCUCCAACAAAGAAAAUGCGGGCGGCGUUGCCAGCAGAGAUCGGGAUGUCGCACCACGUAUGGAACUGCAGCCAGGCGGGGGCGCUGGUGGCGGCGGUGCUGCAGGGGGAUUUGAGGGGGUUGGGAACGGCGCUAUCGUCGGAUAAGAUCGUGGAGCCGAGGAGGGCGCCAUUGAUUCCGGGAAUGGAGGCUGUGAAGAAAGCUGCAAUCGAGGCAGGGGCAUUUGGGUGUACGAUCAGCGGCUCCGGGCCGACGGCAGUGGCGGUGACGGAUGUCGAGGAGAGGGGGAAUGAGAUUGGAAGAGCAAUGGUGGAAGCAUUUAUGAAGGAGGGGAAUUUGAAGGCAUCGGCAAUGGUAAGAAAGCUGGAUCGUGUUGGUGCUCGGCUUGUAAGUAGCAUUCCCAGAUGAUGAUCAAAGCCAGAGAAAAGAAAGAAAGAUGAUCAAGCAAGCAAGCUGGCUCUGAUUUGAGUUGUUAGUAGCAUCCCAAGAUGUUUUGUUUGUUGUCCUUUUAAUGAUAAGUUGAAAUUUUGCUUGCUAA